AUGUCGGUGACUAGAGCUGAUCUCUGCAUUCUUCCAGGCGAUUUUGCCUACUACGAUACAGAUGACCGAGUUCACUUCGUGGAACGAAUCAAAGGAAUGAUCAAGUGCAUAGACCAACAGGUAGUGCCUACAGAACUCGAAGUGCUGCUCGCCAAACAUGGCGGUAUCGCCGAGGUGGCUGUGCUGGGUGUGCCACACCAGGUCUACGGAGAAGCACCGGCCGCCAUCGUCGUGCCCAAGAAGGAGAUCGAGAACGUUGGUGGAGCAAUGGAAAGAGAAAUCAAGGAUAUCAUUGCAGGAACCUGUGCUGAGCACAAGCAUCUCUACGGAUGCGUCUUCUUCGUGGAAGCUCUUCCGAAAACGGAGAACGGAAAGGUUCAGAGGAAAACACUUUUCGAUACUUGGGCUAAGUGUACCCGGCUGCCUCUAUAA